AUGGCCGACGCGGUUGUGGAUGAGACGCGGCAGGAGAUGCUGCAGUACUUUCAGCGUGUGGAGGGCAUGCUGGAUGCGAAUGACUUUCCCUCCACCGAACAGCUUCAACUCUUUCUGACCAACGUAGUUGAGGAGAUCAAGGGCAAAGAGAAACGGCUGGCCUGUGAUCUUCACUGCAGCCGCGUUCUGGAGAAGCUCAUUGCCAAAAGCGCCCCCAGCGCCGUGCACGAGCUCACCAAGGGACUGCAAGGGGACCUGCUAGAACUCUGCAACCAUCGUUAUGGGAGUCACGUCGUACAGGCGCUCUACGGUGCCCUGCACAAGUACGAUGGUGGAUUUGAGGAUUACGCGCGCAUGGCCCCCGAGGAAACAGACGAGGCCGUCGAUGGUGCUGGCGACCACCCGCCCCCCCUGGGCGAGCUGGACGAGGAGCUCCACCAAGAGAAUGUGGAGGCUUACGAGGCUUUUCGUGCAAUCAUGCUGCAGCUCGGGGCUCAUCUGAUGGAGAAUCUUCAGCAAACAUGGGAGGACACGUACGCGAGCCAUGUCUUCCGCAGCCACGUGUGCUGUCUCUCUGGUAUGGAGCUGCCCAAGAAGCUGCGUGCCAAGUCAUCGCAAGGCUAUCGAGUGGCGUUCAAUCAACUGGAUGAAACAGCCAUUGAGCCGCCAGGCCUUCCUGUAGACGAGCUUCCCGCAGUCUACGGCAAGCAGCUGGCCACCCUGGUGGCUCAGCUGAAGACGGAGGCAGAAACUCUGAACCACUACAUUUAUCACACCACGGCCAGCGCCUGCUUGCAGGCCCUGGUUCUGGCCACCUUUCGCGUGGUGCGCAAGAAAGCCCACAAGCUUAUUUCAGCGUUGUUGCACAGCUUUGGCGAGGAUUCGCCCCUGGACACAGCCGUCACCAACAGCACGGCCAGCCGCAUCUUGGACGUUGCUUUGCAGUAUGGCAACGAAAAGCAUCGCCACACCAUUUUUGAGGCUUGCUUCAAAGGCGAGCUGCUUGAACGCGCCACGCACAACGUGGCCAAUUUUGUGCUUCAACGCUGUCUAGCAGUGGCUGAGCGCGAGGACGUCAAGCUCAUCCUGGUCGAACUCGGACCCAACCUGGAGGAUAUUUUGGCCGAAGGCAAAACAGCAGUCAUUGCCUACAUGCUGGCGGCAGCUGCACGCGUUGGCGUGCAGGAAAUGGAGCUGAUGCAGCACUUGGCAGCGGCAUUUCAUUUUGACUGGGAGAGCAAUGUGCAGGAUACAGCAGCCUGCUUGCUUAGCGUGAGCACGCUCGAGCGUUGGCAGGAGCUGGCGGCCGAUGACAAGGGCUUGGCCGUUAGCACGCGCUUCAAUCGCAUGGGCUCUGAAUUGGUGCAGGCCGUCUCCAAAUUGUCUGCCCGUGCCAACCAGCCGCUGCUGCGCAGCUUGGCCUCUUGGGAUGCGGCCUUGUUGGCCGACAUGGCCCAGCACCGCACCGGUUCCUUUGCUCUGCAAGCGGUGCUUCAGAGCCCAGCUGUGCUGGAUAGUGACAAGCUGCCGUUGGUCAAGGCUUUGAGCGCACACGUGGUCGCCGUGGCCUGCGACAAGUUUGGCAGUCACGUCGUUGAUGCAGCAUGGAAUGCCGCUCCCAUCAAAGUCAAGCAGAGCAUGGCCGCUAGCUUGGCUGGUGCUGAGGAUAAGUUGCAGGCCUCUCCCCAAGGCCGCUUUGUUCUGCGCAAUUGUCGGAUUUCGGCUUUUAAGCGCAACGCUGAGGACUGGCAACUGAUGAUGGAAUCUAAUGCACGCAAGGCCAAGAUGUUUGCCUCCAUCAUCGACGACGAGGACACGGGCACGCCAUUGGUAGAGUCGACGCAGGCGCGCAAAAAGAAGCAACGCGAAUCACGCAAGGGCAAGCGUGCCACUUCAGACAACACGGCCGGGGCUUCUACUGAGGCUUCAUCUUCGAUCAAGCACAAGAAGAGCAAGCGCAGCAAGCGCGAUCCUGAAGCCGCGGUUGAGGGAGCUGAUGAUUUGUCAUUCUUGGCCGAGGCUCUGGCGGCGACCAAGGGGGACCAAGGAGGCGCAGGCAAGUCAACCAAGCGCAGCAAGCGCAAAAACGACUAG